AAUAAGCCCAAUGGAGAGGGAAUACACCUGGGAAGAAGUCGCCAAACAUAAUAAAGAUGACGACCUCUGGAUUGUUAUCCAGGAAAUUGAUGAAGACGAGAAGCCAGGUAGAUUUGGAAUUUACGAUGUCACUAAUUAUAAUGACCAUCCUGGGGGUAGAAAGCCACACCUUGCAAAUGCAGGGAAGAACGCAACCAAGCAUUUCUAUUACAUCUCUCACUCACCUCAAGCCCAUGCUGACAUGAAGAGAUUUUUAGUUGGAUAUCUUAAAGAUGGAGAGAAGGAAACAUAUGCUCUCUGAUGUAAAGAUACUCCAAUUUGGAAGAAGGUCGUCUGCAAAAUUAGUAUCCUUGCCCUUACUGGUCUCAUCUCCUUAGGGAUUUAUCAUCUAGCUUUUAAGAAAAAGGAAGGGUCAGAAUAAUCC